GCGGCUGUAGGUGUUAUGCUGCUCCUGGUGCUCGUGGUGCUCAUCCCGGUGCUGGUGAGCUCUGUAACCACUGACGCCGGCCAGUAUGAGAUGCUGGGCGCCUGCCACAUGGUGUGUGACCCUUACCUGAGCAGCAAAAGCGCUGUGACAGGUCCAGCAGGCUCGGGCUCUGAGGCACCGGCGCCACCCUCCACGCUCGUCCAGGGGCCACAGGGGAAGCCGGGACGGCCGGGCAAACCCGGACCUCCGGGGCCACCUGGGGAGCCAGGCCCCCCGGGUCCGAUGGGGCCCCCGGGGGACCGAGGAGAAAGAGGGGACCGCGGCACCAACGGCAUUAAUGGAGCUAUCAGCACGGUGACGUACAACACACAGCCGCGCGUUGCUUUCUACGCCGGACUCAAGAACCCACACGAGGGCUACGAGAUCCUCAAAUUUGAUGACGUCGUCACCAACCUGGGCAACAACUAUGAUGGUGCAUCUGGGAAGUUCAUCUGCAGCGUGCCUGGCACAUACUUCUUCAUCUACCACGUGUUGAUGCGUGGAGGCGACGGCACGAGCAUGUGGGCCGACCUGGUCAAGAAUGGACAGGUGAGAGCAAGUGCCAUCGCUCAGGACGCUGACCAGAACUAUGACUACGCCUCCAACAGCGUCAUCCUGCACCUAGACGCUGGAGACGAAGUCUACAUCAAACUGGACGGAGGCAAAGCCCACGGCGGCAACAACAACAAAUACAGCACUUUCUCCGGUUUCAUCCUCUACGCUGACUGAACUGCACCGCUCGAGGAGAUGAGGAAGAAGAUGAUAAGACAGAGAAAGACCAGGGCUUUAUCAUCCAAGCGCUUUGUUUUCACUUCACAGGAUCUUCAUGUCGCUUCAAUCAUCUUUUUUUUUCUCGCUUUGUUUGAUUGCAAACUCUAGUAGGAGACUCUCAGUGGACAGAGGCUGUAUUUCUGCUCUAUGAAUCACCUUAAUGACAAAAAAGUAAGGAAAAAUGAAAGCGGUGAAAAAAGAGACCUUUUCUUUCUUUUUUCGAGAUUCCUGGAGGACUUUCGAGUGGCGGACCUCUUUAUUUUUUAUUUUUUCCUCAUUGUCACCUACGUCUUUCCAUCACAUCUCAUCUUCCGUCCACAGAUAUUUAUCUAUGAGAUACAAGAAUGAUCCGAGAUGUCUGUCCCUCAUGGAGAAAGAGAAAAUUAAAUAUUUUUUUGAAGGCUUGCUUUAUUGACUAAGGGAUCGUUUGAGAUUGAGUUUAGCCUAGUUAAAAUCCCAUUUCAGAUUAUUGAAAAAGCUUGUGCGUAUUGAAAAUUUGUGCCAU